CAGUUACUGUGAGCUAUCUGUGUUAGUGAGCGCAGUGAAGAGGUGCGCUGCAUAGGCGCUCACGCAUCUCUCCCUCGAAGACUGGAUGCAGUUUAAAGGUGGGAAAGAUGGUUAGAUGUGUAACUCUAAUUCCGUUACAGGAACAAGUGUAACUGUAGACUUUGUUUUUUUUGUAAAUAAGCCAAUUAUAUGCUUUAAACAUCUAAACGAUGGAGCCUAUUUAAGGGGGACCGUACGCAUUGAGACCAAAAUAGGCGGCUGCUUAGCAUUCAAUCAGACGUCCUGGAAAACGGACUGCUAUGGCGCUAUUGUCAAAAUGAGAAAUGUCAGUGAGGAUGCAACACACUUCUGGAAAAACGACUCUUUUCAACUUUACGAUGGAACCCACAUUCUUGAGAACCAUACCAAUACAACCUCGCCAAACGGGACAAGUCAGACUGCCUUGGUACUUUGGAGAGCUGUCCCCCUGGCUCUGGUUUUGGGGACUUUUAUCAUUUUAGCCAUCGUCGGAAACAUCCUUGUUAUAUUGUCGGUGGUCUGCAACAAGCACCUCAGAAUCCCAACGAACUACUUUAUCAUAAACUUGGCAAUUGCAGACCUGUUACUCGGCACAACUGUGUUGCCAGUGUCUGCAACUUUGGAAAUUCUGGACUACUGGGUCUUUGGGAGAAUAUUCUGUGAUAUUUGGGCUGCCCUUGAUGUGCUGUGUUGCACUGCGUCUAUUAUGAGUUUGUGUGCGAUAUCUAUUGACCGUUACAUCGGAGUGAGUUACCCUUUGCGAUACCCAACCAUUGUGACGGAACGCAGAGCACUUCUUGCCAUGCUUGGUGUGUGGAUAUUAUCACUGGUGAUAUCCAUCGGUCCCCUUCUUGGAUGGAAGGAACCGCCAUCGCCAGACCACACCGUUUGUGUUAUCACCGAGGAACCAUUUUAUGCGCUUUUUUCAUCAUUGGGGUCUUUCUAUAUUCCAUUAAUAGUUAUAUUAAUUAUGUACUUCAGAGUGUAUAUAGUCGUCAAAAGGACCACCAAAAAUCUUGAGGCUGGAGUCAUGCGAGAGAGGAUGAAUUCAAGUGAACUGACUCUUAGGAUUCACAGAGGUUCUCAGAUGAACGAUGGCACUGCCAAAGGUCAGGGGCAACAAGCAAGAAAUUCUCUCACAGUGAAAGUCCUUAAGUUCUCCCGGGAGAAGAAAGCUGCUAAAACCCUAGGUGUUGUGGUCGGGAUGUUCACCCUCUGCUGGUUGCCAUUCUUCCUGUCUCUACCCAUUGGGUCCUUCAACAGCAACCUCCGCCCCCCUGAGAUGGUGUUCAAAGUCAUCUUCUGGCUGGGGUACUUCAACAGCUGCAUGAACCCAGUCAUCUACCCCUGCUACAGCCGUGCCUUCAAGCUGGCCUUCAUCCAAAUUCUGAGGUGCCGCUGCCACGAAGGGAGACGCCCCGGGUGGAGGGGGCGGGUGCACAACUACGCCAGCUCUCAGUCCCGCUUCAGCUCGCCCUCACCCAGGGGCUCCACUGGGAACCUGCACCCAAACGACAGCAGGCGGAUCCCGUCCUCAGUUCAUCGAAGCUCUUGCUCCAGCCCUGCACUGGCGCCCUGUCCAGAGGAUGGGCCUUUUCAAACAUUGGAGACCAUCUCCACCUCCACAUCAGGUAAUACCUCAGACCACCAGCAGGGAGUCACGGGAGCUGAACUCCAGUCAGUACAGGCCAGCAUCCAGAGCUGAAAGCUUUCACUUUUUCACUUUGAUGUAUAUCAAUUCACACUGUAUAUUUGUAUUGUUACACCCACCUGUUAGUGUCUGCUUUCAAUAAUGAUGUUUACAUUCUAAUAGUCAGGUUUUGUUUUAAAGUGGUGAUAAUAAAUUGAUCAUUUUCCCCAAUGAAUGUAAAUCUUUCUACUUGCACCAUAGCUAUUCAUCAUUGAGAAAGCUGACUAUUUGAACACUAGGGAACAGGGGCCAGUGUGACCAGCUGUAUCUGUAAGCCUUUGAGAUAUUAACUAAACAUACUUCUCCACA